GUUUGUUUUAUCCGUUACUCCUCUGCGGCGUCUCUCUCUCUCUUCCUUAUCAUCAUCUUCACUCUCUCUCUCUCUCUCUGUCUCUCUACGCUUCACAGAGCCAUCCGAGGUCUCUGAUCGCUCUCUCAUUCUCUCAUUUCCUCUGUUUCUUAAGCUUAAGCUUAAGCUUGAAGAGAGGGUUUCUAUCAUUCUCAACCUUUGCUUCUCGUGGAUCAAUAUGUCAAUGACGGAAGAAACAAAGACGAAGCUCGAAUCGGCGGGAGAUUCGUCCGAUGUAGACAACGGGAACUGUAGUAGCAGUGGAAGCGGAGGUGAUACGAAGAAGACUUGCGUUGAUUGUGGAACUAGCAGGACUCCUCUUUGGCGUGGUGGCCCUGCUGGACCUAAAUCAUUGUGCAAUGCGUGUGGGAUCAAGAGCAGGAAGAAGAGACAAGCAGCUCUUGGAAUUAGACAAGAGGAUAACAGGAUCAAGAACAAAACUAGUAACAAUCUCAACCUUGAGAAUCGAAAUGUCAAGAUCGGCAAAGGUGAACCAGGAAACGUCAAGGCUAGGAUCAUCAAAACAGAUGCUGAGAAUUACAGUAGCAGUAACAACACCAACAACAACAACAGCAACAGCAGCAAGAAGAAUGUGAAAAGGGUUAGUAGAUUUUUGGAUUUCGGGUUUAAAGUUCCGGCGAUGAAGAGAUCGGCGGUGGAGAAGAAGAGGCUAUGGAGGAAACUUGGUGAAGAGGAACGAGCCGCAGUACUUCUCAUGGCUCUUUCUUGUGGUUAAGAUUAGUUUCUUAACUCCUUUUUUUUUGGUCUGAAUGGUUUGAGGGAGAAGAGAUUUAGGGGAAAAUAAGUUAUUAGUAGGGAAAUGAUGAAGAGAAGAGGUUUUAUUAAUCCUAAUUAUAUCACAUAGUAUAUGUAAUUCAGUCGAUAUUGUUUUUAGGUAAGCUAAUGUUAUAAUAUGCAUCUUACUAAUUUAAUUAUUCGUUUAAACUCUUUGUCUAGUUGAUUACUACUAGUUACUACCGUUAAUUUCUACAAAA